AUGUCUUUGGUUGGACUUUUAGAGCAAUCGUGGUAUUGGGGAGAGGUGGAUAAAAUGACGAUUUCGCGAGUUUUGGCCGAUCAACCGGAUGGUGCAUUUAUUGUUAGAAAUGCGAGUACUCAAGGAGAUUAUACGCUAAGUGUUAAGUGAGUAAGGGAUUUUGGGAGCGGGAAAUGGGAAAAUUUGAAUUCAGCGUGGAAUUUGGGUUCGGAUGAAUAUAAAUAUGGGAAAAUUUCACUUUGAAACCUGAAAAUUCCAGAAUUCAGCGCGGAAUUUGGCUGAAAAUUCCAGAAUUCCAGAAGUUUCUUGGCUUUGAAACCUGAAAAUUUGAAUUCAGCGUGGAAUUUGGGAUCUUAAGAGUCUAAACAUUAAAGGAUACCUUUAAAGUACUGUAGAUCGCUUUGAGACCCAGCUUAGGAUUACUGUAGUUGUUUUUAAAGGAACAUUUGAACUCAAAAUGUUCGUCUUUGGGUCCUGAAGCGAUCUACAGUAAUCCUAGAUCCUAUUUGAUAUCAAAAUGUUGAUCUUUGGGUCCUGAAGCGAUCUACAGUAAUCCUAGGCUUGUUUGAUAUCAAAAUGUUGCUCUUCGGGUCCUGAAGCGAUCAACAGUACCCAUUUUUCUUUACAGAUAUCAAGGCCAAGUGAAACUAAUCAAAAUCGUGGUGCGCGGCUCAAAAUGCGGUUUUUCACCGGAUAAUUUAACACAUGACACUGUCGUUUCGCUGAUUGAUUUUCACAAGGAAAUAUCGUUGCAGGUUUGGCGGGAAAUUUGAAUUUUUGAAUUUUUGGCGGGAAAAUUGACUCGGAAAUCGUGUUUUUGAUCGAUUUUUGACCAAGAAUCGUGAAAAAUUUGAAUUUGGCGCCAAAAUUUCCAUAAAAAUUCGAAAAAAUUCGAAAAUUUCAGAAAAUCUAGGCUUAUGAGGUUUCUUUCGAACCCAAAUUUCAUGAAAAAUUUGAAUUUGGCGCCAAAAAGAUCCACGUGGCAUUGAAAAAUUGCUGAAAAUUCAAAUUUUUCAGAAAAUCUAGGCUUAUGAGGUUUCUUUCGAACCCAAAUUUCAUGAAAAAUUUGAAUUUGGCGCCAAAAAGAUCCACGUGGCAUAAAAAUUGCUGAAAAUUCAAAAAUUUCUGAAAAUCUAGGCUUAUGAGGUUUCUUUCGAACCCAAAUUUCAUGAAAAAUUUGAAUUUUCUAAAAUUUGGCGCCAAAAUUUCCACGUGGCAUAAAAAUUGCUGAAAAUUCAAAAAUUUCUGAAAAUCCAGGCUUAUGAGGUUUCUUUCGAACCCAAUUUUUAUGAAAAAUUUGAAUUUUCACAAAAAAAUUGCUGAAAAUUCAAAUUUUUCUGAAAAUCUAGGCUUGUGGGGUGUCUUUUGAACCCAAAUUUUAAAAAAAUUGCUGAAAAAUCCGAAAUUUUCAAACCUAGGCCUAUUUAGUCUCAAAAAAAUCCCGAUAAAAUAUUUUUGCAGGUCUACAACGAAAAUCUGGACACUCGCCUUUUAUACCCGGUUUGUUCUCGUCGAAAUUCUCAAAAUGGUCGAAAUUUGGCGAAAAAAGGGCCGAUUUUGAAUAAUCUCAAUUCAAUUCCAUCUUCUUCCGCACAAAUUCUGAAUUCUCCAAUUUCAACCGAAAAAAAUUUGUAUUUAAGUCGAAAUGAAGAAGAUUGGAUCGAAAGAUUGGGAUUGGAGAAUUUGAGAAUAAUUCAGAUGAGUUGCGAUAGAUCGGCCAGACUUUUUGAUGUUUCACAUUCGGAAGUUGAACGAGCUGAAAAUAUCUAUAAUACAUUGGCAAAUUCGUGUCGAGAUUAUGAAAUGAAAUUGGAAAAAUUGGAAGAAUUGUGGGAAAUUGAGGGAGAUAUUAAAAUGAAAAUGGAUCGGAAAACGAGAGAGGAAUGUGAUGAGCAAUUUGAGGUGGCGAUGGAUGGAAAUGCUAAGGUAACGGGAAUUUUUGGGGAUUUUUUUGGAUUCCCUGUGAAAUUUGCGAUUUUUAGACACCCCACAUGACCUACUUUCCAUCAAAAAUUAUUUUUGGAAGCUGAAAAUUUGAGAACUGGAUUUUCUAGAAAUCCACUAACAUUUUUAUGUUCAAAUUCGGAUUCCCCGUGAAAUUUGGGGUUUUUAGACACCCCACAUGACCUAUUUUCCAUUAAAAAGUAUUUUCAGCAAAUUUUUCUAUGCUGAAAAUUUCAGAACUGGAUUUUCUAGAAAUCCACUAACAUUUUUAUGUUCAAAUUCGGAUUCCCCAUGAAAUUUGCGAUUUUUAGACACCCCACAUGACUUAUUUUCCACGAUUUCGAAAAACCGCGCCGCACUUGGCCAAGUGCGGCGCGGUUUUUUUGAAAAUCGUCAAAAGUAGGGCAAUAUGGGUGUCUAAAAUCAUGAAAUUUCACGGGAAUCUGAAAAUUUUAUUCAAAAUGUCUGAGAAUAUCUAGAAAAUCCAGUUCUGAAAUUUUCAGCCUCCAAAAAUUGCUGAAAAUCAUUUUUGAUGGAAAGUAGGUCAUGUUGGGUGUCUAAAUUCAUGAAAUUUUACAGGGAAUUCGAAAAUUCUAGUGAAAAUGCUAAAAAGUGUCUAGAAAAUUAGGUUCUGUAAUUUUUUGGCUGAAAAUUUCAGAUUUUUUGAAAAAGUUGUUGGAAAUAUGGCUUGUUGGGUGUCUAAAAUCAUGAAAUUUUACGGGGAAUUCGAAAAUUCUAGUGAAAAUGCUAGAAAGUGUCUAGAAAAUUAGGUUCUGUAAUUUUUUGGCUGAAAAUUUCAGAUUUUUUGAAAAAGUUGUUGGAUGUAUGGCUUGUUGGGUGUCUAAAAGCUCCAAAUUUCAUGAAAGUUCUGAAAAUGCUAUUUAAAAUGCAAGAUCUGUUAUUUUUGGCUGAAAAUUUCUGAAAUUAUGGCUUGUUGGGUGUCUAAAAACUCCAAUUUUCAUGAAAAAUUCAAAAAAUCACCUGAAAUUAAUUGCAGGUGCUCGAUUCCUCGAUGAAACGAAUACGAAACGAGCUAAACGCGUCGCUCCUCCAAAAAACAAAAAUCGGACAAGUUUUGGAUGAAAUGCGGCAGGAUAUGAAUACGGCAAAACAACGAUUGGUCAAAUAUCAUGAGUUGAGAAAUAAAGCGUAUGCUGAAUUGGUGCAAAAAGGUGUGACUGGUGCACAAAUACAGGUUUGUGCUGAAAAUUGCUGAAAUUUGGGUGAUUUUGAGCCGAAAACCAUGAAAUUUGGGUUAUUUUGAGCUAAAAAUCAAGAAAUUUGGGUUAUUUUGAGCCGAAAAUCAUGAUUUUAGGCUAAAAAUCAUGAAAUUUGACCAAUUUUAACCUAAUUUUCAUGAUUUUUGGCUAAAAAUACCCCCUUUUCAGUCAAUUUCCCCAAUUUUUUGCAGACUACGGUAGAAGGAACAAUGGAAAUGAUUGUGAAUGAACCGAUGCAAGUUAGCCAAUUAUUAGCCGAUUUACCAUUGAGAUGGGUUCCAGCACAGUAAGUUGUUUUUGGGCGGGAAAUUCCGCUUCGAAAGACACCCCACAAGACUAUAAUCUGAGCAAUUUCAGUCGCUACGCAGCGAAAUUUCUAUAGAAAGUUGAUACGGAGUGAAUUUCAUAUGAUGAGAAUGCGAUUUUUGAAAUCAGUGUGAAAUUCCGCUUCGAAAGACACCCCACAUCAAUAUAAUCUGAAGUUUGAGUUGCUACGCAGCGAAAUUGUUGAUACGGAGCGAGAUCCAGAUUCUAUAAAUGUUAAAAUCGGAUUUUUCAUGAAAUUUCGGUUUGUUAGACACCCAAUAUCACUAUAAUCUGAGCAAUUUGAGAGUUUUUGAGUUGCUACGCAGCGAAAUUUCUAUAGAAAGUUGAUACGGAGCCAAUUUUUCCAGAUAUUUGGUAUUCAGUUCAUCAAAAGAAGAAGCGGCUCAAUCGCUAUUAGGAGCUCGUGAAAAAAUGCUCGAAUUGGACCGGAAAAUGGGAAUAUAUCGACCACCGAUUGAUGGAGUAUUUUUGAUUAGACCAAGUGCUACUCAGGUAUUUUUGAAUUUUUUGAAGGGAAAAAUCAAUUCGUGUACUUCUCGCGGACAAAAAUUGAGAAAAUUUAACAAAAAAAUACGAAAAAUUGCUGUUUAUAACCCAAAAAUCAAAAAUUUUCAAGAAAAAAUGAAGGAAUCGUGUACUUCUCUUGGACAAUAUGUUGAAAUUUUGCUAAAAAUUUGGUCAAAAAUUGCAAAAAUUGAAAAAAAAGUGGUAGAAAAAUUUUAAAAAAAUCUCGAUUUUUUUGAAAUUCCUCUGAAUUUUGAUGAAAAACUAUUGGUUUUUCUAAUAAAUUUCUCAAAUUUUAGCGAAUUUUUUUGAAUUUUUCAAAAUUAAAAAUAAAUUAUUAAAAAAAAUUAAAAAUUGAAAAAAAAAAUUUUUUUGUAGGAAAACCCGAAUUCUUUAAAAAAUGUGGUUUUUCUGAAUUUCUAGAAUUUUCUGUGUACUUCUCACGGACAAAAAUUGCAAAAAUUGAAAAUUUACUGAAAAAAGUCGCAGAAAAAUUAAAAAAUACCCAAAUUUUUUGAAAUUCCUCUGAAUUUUGAUGAAAAACUAUUGGUUUUUCUAAUAAAUUUCAAAUUUUAGUGAAUUCUUUCAAAAAUUUAGUUUUUCUGAAUUUCUAAACAAAAAAAAACCACAUUUUUUGAAAUUAAAAAUAAAUUAUUUAAAAAAAAAAAUUAAAUAUUGAAAAAAAAAUUCCAAAUUUUAGCUUGAAAAGUUUCCGUGUACUUCUCUCGGACAAAAACUGAAAAAUUAAAAUUCUGAUUAAAAAGCUCUGAAUAAAAAAAAUUAUAAUUUUUUCUGUGUACUUCUCUCGGACAAGAGAAUCCCAAGAUUUUUUGAAAUUCCUCUGAAUUUUGAUGAAAAAUUUCAAAUUUUAGCUUGAAAAAUAAUCUCCGUGUACUUCUCCCGGACAAAAACCCAAAUUUUUUGAAAUUCCUCAAUUUUUUCUUGAAUUUUCCUGUGUACUUCUCUCGGACAAUCCCAUUCCACCGCAAUUUUCUCAUUUUUUUUCCAUUUUCAGACCGAUAAACUCGUGCUCUCUGUUCUCUACGGUGAUCGUAUUUCACAUUGUUUGAUCGAACAAACCGAACAAGGUUGGGGAUUCGAAAAUUCGAAUAUUUAUUUGACGACAAUCGGCGAUUUUGUGAGAUAUUAUAGUUAUACAAGUCUCGAAUCACACAAUGAUCAUAUUAAAACAGCUUUAACUAUGCCAGCUGGAAAAUCACACAGUUCUGCUUCAACUUCCAAUUCUACUUCUAAUAAUACACCAACUUCUGAAUUUGCUGCUUGA